CCAGAGGCCAGAGCCAUGGAAGACCAGCGCGACCUCAUCUCCAACCAUGAGCAGCUGCCCAUGCUGGGCCAGCGCCCUGGAGCCCAGGACGGCAAAUGCAGCCGUGGAGCCCUAUACACAGGCUUUUCUGUCCUGGUGGCUCUGCUUCUGGCUGGCCAGGCCACCACUGCCUACUUCCUGUAUCAGCAGCAGGGCCGGCUGGACAAGCUGACGGUCACCUCACAGAACCUGCAGCUGGAGAACCUACGCAUGAAACUCCCCAAGACUUCCAAGCCAGUGAGCCAGAUGCGGAUGGCCACCCCCCUGCUGAUGCGGGCGCUGCCCAUGGAAGGCCUGCUCCAGGGGCCCAUGCAGAAUGCCACCAAGUACGGCAACACGACCCAGGACCACGUGAUGCACACGCUCCUGAAGUCUGACCCUCUGAAGGUAUACCCCCAGCUGAAGGGGAGCUUCCUUGAGAACCUGAAACACCUCAAGAGCACCAUGGAGGGCCUGGACUGGAAGGUCUUCGAAAGCUGGAUGCACCAUUGGCUCCUGUUCGAAAUGAGCAGGAACUCCCUGGAGGAGAAGCCCACCGAGGCGCCGCCCAAAGUACUGUCGAAGUGCCAGGAAGAGGUCAGCCACAUCCCUGCUGUCCAUCCGGGCACGUUCCGUCCCCAGUGUGAUGAGAAAGGCAACUAUAUGCCGCUCCAGUGCCACGGGAGCACCGGCUACUGCUGGUGCGUCUUCCCCAACGGCACCGAGGUCCCUCACACCAGGAGCCGCGGGCACCAUAACUGCAGUGAGCCUCUGGAGGCUGAGGAUCCGUCUUCCGGGCUGGGUGUGACCAAGCAGGAGUUGGGCCCAGUCAUCAUGUAAGGACAGCAGAAACUACCGCCAGCAUCCUGCCAGCUCUGCACGGCCGGCCAUGGCUUUCUUGCUGCCCUGCACUACCAGUCCUUCCCCUUUCCCCGGACCCCCGCUCCCCCAAUGUCUCUCAUCCCUCGAGAUGCUGAGCGUGUCUGGCUUCCCAUCAGUCAUCCUCAGACAUGCGAUCAAAACAGCACUGAUGACAACAGGAGGACCCUGCCGCCCUCCCCACCAUCUGCCCACAGGGAUGCAAAGCCCGAUGUGGACCAAAACCAGGCGCCCCCCACAUUCCUGACACCACAGCAGGAUCCAGUGUUGGGCUCUGAGAUCUAGACUCAUGGACAGGGCAAAGGGACACCCCACUCCUAAACCGUAGGCUGGACACAUUUGCUGCCCUCGUCUACAUCACUCCCCAAGUACAAACCCAGCCCUUCCCCUCAGCACCCCCCCCCGCCUGCUGCUUAGCCAUGCUUGUUGUCAGCUGUAGGGCCAUGGCUUACAUAAGAAUAAAAGGAGUUA